GUAUCUAUGUUAUCAUCUUUGGCGCUGAAUGUAUGUUUUAUGUCCAUUUAAGGUGACUCUUGAAGCCCAUCAUUAUGUGGAUAUUCCUUCUUCUGGCUUCCCCACACCUUCUGGCUGCACAAAGUUCCUGUCCGCAUGGGGCCUGCUACCCACCUCUGCAUGAUCUUCUUAUAGGAAGAAUCCAUAAUUUGAAGGCCUCCUCCACCUGUGGACUUACCCAACCUGAAAAUUCCUGUACACCAUAUGGGGAAUGGCAAAUGAAAUGUUGCCGAUGUGAUUCCAGAACCCCCCGUGCAUUCAACAGUCACCGGAUAGAAAAUGUCCUCUCUUCUACAGGACACUUGCGGUGGUGGCAAUCUCAGAAUGAUGUGAAUCAUGUUUCUCUCCAACUAGAUCUAGACAAUAAAUUUCAGCUUGCUAACCUCCUGUUGGACUUCAGGAGUCCUUUGCCAGGUGGCAUGGUGAUUGAGCGUUCUACUGAUUUCGGCACAACCUGGAAGAUCUAUCAGUACUUGUCCACUGACUGCUCUGCUUCAUUUCCCUGGAUCCACAAGGGCUUUCCUCAGACCUGGCAGGAUAUCCGUUGCCAGGACAUACAGACUCAACACAGACCACCUCAAAAUGGGGGAAAGAUUGAAUUCAACCCCAUAAGCCUUGCAUCUGGGAUGAAGACAUCUCAAAGCCAACGAAUUAACAAUCUGGCUGAAUUCACCAACCUGAGAAUCAACUUCACACAGUUGUCCCGCUUUCCACAUCAGGGGUACCGCUUACCCAGUGCUUUCUAUGCCUUAAAUGAGAUGCAGGUGCAAGGGAGCUGUUUCUGCCAUGGGCACGCAGACCACUGUGCUGCCCCUGAUGCCUCUUCUGGAGAGCCCAGUGCUAUGGUUCAUGGGCAUUGUGUGUGCCAACACAAUACUGCUGGGCCAAACUGUGACCACUGUGCAUCCUUUUACAAUGAUCAGCCAUGGAGACCUGCUGAAGAUGAUAAUCCUAAUGAAUGCCUUAGAUGCAAUUGUAAUGGACAUUCCCACAAAUGUCACUUUGACCGAAGUGUAUACCAAACAAAUGGGGGAAUGAGCGGGGGUGUGUGUGAAGAUUGCCAGCACAACACAGCAGGGAGGAACUGUGAACUUUGCAAAAUAAAAUUUUUUCGUAACCGACGGUAUGAUCUUAGUCAUCCAGAGGUCUGCCUACCUUGUGAGUGUGAUCCAGAUGGCACUGUUCCUGAUUCUAGCUGUGACCCCACAAAUGGUCGUUGCAUCUGCAAGGACAAUGUGCAAGGAGACCGUUGUCAUCUUUGCAAGCCUGGCUUUACUCAGUUGACCAACUCUAACCCCCGAGGUUGCAGAGAGUGUGCCUGCAACAUCCUGGGCAGUCGCAGCCACGUGCCCUGUGAUGAUGAAACUGGACGCUGUUUCUGCCUCCCUAAUGUGGUGGGAGAGAAGUGUGAUGAGUGUGCUGUGAAUCACUGGAAAAUUGCGAGUGGCGAGGGCUGCUGGCCUUGCAACUGCCACCCUCAGAAUUCCCUCAGCCUUCAGUGUAACCAGUUUACAGGGCAAUGUCCAUGCAGGGAAGGCUAUGGGGGACUGACGUGCUCUACUGUUGAAGUACAGCAAUGUCCAGACCACACAUUUGGAAAUGUUAGGACUGGAUGUAGAGCUUGUGACUGCAAUUUCCAAGGCACAGAAGUAAUGGGCUGUAACAAACUGACAGGCGGCUGUCUUUGCCGCUCUGGCUUUACAGGCCUCCAGUGUGACCAGUGCCAGCGGGGCUACUGUGGCAACUAUCACCACUGUGAGGCGUGCCAUCCUUGCUUCCAAGCCUACGAUGAUGACUUUCAAAGGUUUGGCUUUCGUCUGGCGGCUUUGAAAAAUUCAACACAGAAGUUGCAGGUAGGGAUGAUGACCUCUGGCUUCAGUACCCGCCUCUUAGAAGUGGAAAGAAAAAUUCAGCACAUUCAACAGAUGUUGGAAAAUCCCCUAAUUACUGAGCAGGGACUGGACCAGGUAGCCAACACCAUUGCUACGGUAAGGCAGACCAUUGAAGGUUUAAGCUCUGAAAUACUUGUUAUGGAUGAAGACUCCUCCCUGUCCAUAGAUAUGGAUGCUCUUGAUAAAAGCCUGCUUCUAAUCACUGUACAGUACCAAAACAAGAAGGCCCAGUUUGAAGCCAGCCGCAGCAGAGACCUCUCAGGAGCAUUCAAGACUGUCAGAUCUGCAUAUCUCAUAUCCUCCAAUGCCAGUAUACGCAUAGCUGGUUCUUCUGGGCUGCUUGCUCGGACUCUGGAAAACAGGAGAAAUGCUGAGGAGCUUGAAAGUGGUCUUACAGGCCAUGAUUCAGGACUGGAAGUACUGCAGAAUAAAAUGACUGUCACACCAAACUUGACUCCAGUAAUUAAUAAGAUUUGCAGUGGUGUUAGAUCAGAAGUUUGCACUCCUAGGGAAUGUGUUGGAAGUCUAUGUCCCCAUCAAAAUGCAACUGAAUGUGGCCCAGGUCUGAGCUGCAGAGGGAUCCUUGCACUUUCCAGCAGUUCCAUCCAGACUGCCAGGAAAACCACCCAGGAAUUCCACAAUUUAAAUAGCCAACUGCAGGAGACUGAACAAAUGAUCAGAGCUGCUGAAAUGGCUUCCAGCAAGAUUCAGACUCAUGCCCAAAAUCUGAGAAAUCAAAUGAGCACCAUUAGGACACAGAUAGAGGCAGACAUCCAGCGCACUCAGCAGUUCAUCCGCCAAGUUCGCAACUUCCUAUCAGAUCCAGAUGCUGAUGCUACCACCAUUCAGCAAGUCAGCAAUUACAUCCUGUCCCUUCAUCUUCCAACUGACACUGGCACAAUUCUCAGUAAAAUCACUGAGAUUCAGAAUUUGAUUACUAAGCUGCAGUGUCCUGACAGCAUCAUUGCCCAAACUGCUAGGGAUAUAGCUAUGGCCAAACAGCUUCAGCAGGAGGCUGAAGAAGCCAGAAACCAGGCCAGUACUAUUGAGGGCAAUGUAGAUGGUGUGCUGCAGAAAUUGAAGCAGGCAAGCAUAGCACUCCAAGAAGCUGAACACACUAUCCAUGGCUCUGCUUUUCCCCUCCAGAAUAUCCAAAAUCGCCUUGAUGAAAUCCAGACUAUCCUUAAUCCAGCUCAGGAGAAUGUGCGGGAUAUCACCAAUCAGCUGGAUAGCUUCACUGAGAGACUUUCCCAGUUACAGCACAAAGCAAGCCAGAAUCAGUUAUUGGCUGCAGAAGCUCAGCAGCAAGCAACAGAAGCCAGUGAGCAAGCAGAAAGCACUCAGCAGGUAUUUGAAGAAUUGAAGGGCAAAUACAUGGAACUGAAGGGGCGAAUGGGACAAGGGUCAAAUCUAGGAGCCCAAGGAGAGCGAAUUCAGAGUGCCCACACAGAGGCCAACACAUUGUUGAAAGAAGCCUUGAAUAUGAUUGCCAAAAUGGGAGCUUUAGAAACAGAGCUACAAGAGAGUAACAAUGCAUUCAUCCGCAAGUCAGCCAGGCUGGAAGGCCUGGAGAAGAAAGUGGAAACAAUUCGUGAUCAUAUCAGUCAACGAGUUGCCUAUUAUGCCAGAUGCACAGAUUAGAACAGUUUCUGCUCCUUUUCUGACCAAUCCUUCCCCCUGCCUAAUUUAUCGAGUUUUCCUAUCUGCAAAGAAAAUAUAUCUCCCUUUUAUUAAAAAGCUAGCUUCGAAUCAUCGUAAUAAGUCAAGCUUAAAAAAAAAACAGAAGUGGGUGUGUCAGUUUAUUUGUUGUAGUGCUCUAAGACUCUUUUAUAUUUAGAAUUAAUCUCUUGAAUUCAAACUUUCUGAUGGCUUUUUGUUUAAUCAGGAGAAUCCAAGCAGAAUCAGGAUUCAAGCAAGAUUAGGAAAGCUAUAUAAACAAACAAUGGCACCUGUUUCUUAGGUCUCAUAGCCUAUUAGAAGAGGGUUUUUUUUAUUUUUUAGCCACCACUGGUUCUUUUUACCAACAUAAACAGUAGUUUGCAGAUAAACUGCUGCAGGAAACAAAUCUGACACUGGAGGACUGGUGACCUGUAUUACUCUAUCAAUAACUAUCAGGCAUUAAGAACCAACAAACUUUAUUGAACAAUAGAUAUUACAUACACUAUUCCAGAACUGACAAGCAGAAAUUAAUUUCAUCAAUAAAGUAUAGAUGAUGCUCCCUUCUGUCCUGUGGAAUCUGCCCAUGAGCCUCAAGCAAGCUGUGCUGUAACAAAUGGCAAGUGUCAACAAGCAUUCUUAGCAAAUUGCUCCUGUAUCAUGAAUUAAAGCACCACAAGCAAGCCAGCAUGGGAUGUUUUCUGCUUCAACCAACUCCCCCACGUGGACUCAACACAAAAACAACAUUGCACACCUUGCAAUUGUUAUUUAUUCCACUGAAUAAGCACAGGUGUACAAACAUACAUCCCCACCCUCCCCACAAAGGAAAAAGAAACACUUUUAUCUGAUAAUAUAGAUUAACCUAUUGAUUACAGAAGCCCAGAACCUUUCUUUAAGAAUAAUGUUUUCCUGUUGAUAUGUAACAACCCUCUAAUAUUUUAAGAUAGUUGCACCAUAUGACCCCUCAGUUCUAUGGAUGUGCUUUAUAGAAAAGAUUGGCUGUGGGCAUCGGGGAACACAGUUGUCCCUGGCAUUGUUCAAGACAGGCUUUCCUUCCUUGCAUGGUUGAUAAUUGACCGUGAAGUUUUGAAUAAGGGUAUCAAGCAGCCCUUCUGAAAAGAGAGGAGAAAAUUAGAACUCUUAUAUAUAAUGUCCUUUUAAUCAGAAAACAGUUUUCCAGUAAAUCUCGGUUUGUUUUGAAAAAAAGAUUUGUAGAGAUUUGUCAUUCUCAUCUCACAGAUUCUGAAGGAUAGUAAGCUGCAAAAACUAUAUAGUUUUAUGCACAAUAUAAUAAUUUCAAACUGAAGGUUGUUCAAGCCUCUGUUUCUUUUUUGCCUAUUAAACUAAUCUGAUUAGCAGA